AUCCAAUCCAAUCCAAUGCCUGAAAUCUCGUCUCUAAAAUUUACUAGUGGAGUAUUCAGUAUAUGCAAGUGACAAGAUUUUUGCGUUCAAUCCAAUCUGCAAGCUGCACAGAACAAAAAAAGUUGGAAAUAUCCACGAAACUUCACCCCUUCCCUCUCUCUCAAAGAAAGAGCAGACAGUGGUGUACGGACUCUUUAUAAUUUAUAACGACUCACGACUUCAUGUGGUUUAAUUUAAUUUGCUACACAAAUGUGGAGCUAGCAGCAGGCUCGUAUUUUUCUCCAUUUCUUUGUCAACCGAAUCAGAAAUCUACAUAAUCUGCAAUUGAGCGGGAUUAUGAGUUUCCAACAAGAGAAGACUGUCAGGUUUCAAGAUUGGAGAUCUCAAGGAAGGUUGGAUACUCAAUCCUCCUCUAGAGGUGGGGUGGAACUGGGGAGACUUAAAUCAGCAGCAUAUUCAGUUUCCGACAAGUUUCAUAGAGGUUUUGAAUAUGGCUCGGAGAGAAUUAAAAGAAUCACAGGAUCACUGAGAUCUUUUUCUAUGGGAAAGUUGAAAGCUGAUGAAAAGGGAUCUGUGAAAAAAAUUCUGGAUCCUCAAGGAUCAUUUCUUCAAAAAUGGAAUAAAGUUUUUGUUCUGUUAUGUGUGGUUGCAGUCUCGCUGGACCCCUUGUUUUUCUACAUACCAAUUAUAAAUGGCGACAAGAGGUGCCUUGAGCUGGACUGGAAAUUGGAACUUAUAGUUUCUGUGCUACGGUCAUUUACUGAUAUCUUUUACCUCAUCCAUAUCAUGUUUCAAUUCCGUACUGGUUUUAUUUGCCCUUCUUCUCGUGUGUUUGGAAGAGGUGUUCUUGUUGAAAAUUCAUGGGAGAUUGCAAAGAGAUAUCUGGCUUCCUACUUCAUAAUUGAUAUUCUUGCAGUUCUCCCACUUCCACAGAUUGUAAUAGUGAUCAUCGUACCCAGAUUGAAAGGUGCAAGGUCUUUGAACACGAAGAAUUUGUUAAAAAUUGUGGUGAUCCUUCAAUACAUUCCAAGGGUUCUCCGAAUCCGUCCUCUGUACAAAGAAGUCACAAGAAGUUCUGGCAUACUCACUGAAACAGCAUGGGCUGGAGCUGCCCUCAAUCUUUUUCUUUAUAUGCUCGCUAGUCAUGUGAUUGGAGCCUGUUGGUAUGUGCUUUCUAUAGAGCGUGAAACUACCUGCUGGAUAAAAGCUUGUGGAGAUGAGUCUGAUUGUAGGAAGGCUUCCUUUAAUUGCCAGCUUAAUCAUGCUGGACUGCCUCAGAUUUUGAACCAAUCUUGCCCUUUUCAGCCACCUGAUUCUUCCAUUUUUGAUUUUGGGAUAUUCCUUAAUGCUCUUCAGUCUGGUGUUUUUGAAUCACAAGAUUUUCCCAAGAAGUUCUUUUAUUGUUUCUGGUGGGGACUCCAGAAUCUAAGUUCUCUCGGCCAGAAUCUUAAAACAAGUACCUACGUUUGGGAAAUUACCUUCGCAAUUUUCAUAUCCAUAUCUGGUUUGGUCCUAUUCUCAUUUCUGAUUGGAAAUAUGCAGACAUAUCUGCAGUCUACAACACUGAGAUUGGAGGAGAUGAGGGUGAAAAGACGAGAUGCGGAGCAGUGGAUGGCUCACCGUCUCCUUCCUGAGAGUUUGAGGCAGCGAAUCAGGAGAUAUGAGCAAUACAAAUGGCAGGAAACUCGGGGUGUAGAUGAAGAUUAUCUGAUACGCAAUCUUCCCAAGGACCUCAGAAGAGACAUAAAGCAACAUCUCUGUUUAGCCUUGCUUAAGAGGGUGCCAAUGUUUGAAACAAUGGACGAUCAACUCUUGGAUGCAAUGUGUGAUCGUCUGAAACCAGUGCUGUACACGGAGCAUAGCUACAUAGUGCGAGAAGGGGAUCCCGUAGACGAGAUGCUGUUCAUCAUGCGUGGCAAACUGUUAACAGUGACCACGAACGGAGGGCGGACAGGGUUCUUCAAUUCGGACAUUCUCAAAGCGGGCGAUUUCUGUGGGGAGGAGCUGUUGACAUGGGCUCUAGACCCGAAUUCAUCAUCCAACCUUCCCAUCUCAACCAGAACAGUGAAGGCCCUCGUCGAAGUAGAAUCGUUUGCUCUCAUGGCCGACGAUCUCAAGUUUGUAGCCUCCCAGUUCAGGCGACUGCACAGCAAGCAGCUGCGCCACACGUUUAGAUUCUAUUCGCAGCAGUGGAGGACAUGGGCUGCUUGUUUCAUACAGGCAGCGUGGAGGCGCUGUGUGAGGAAGAAGAUGGAGGAAACUCUCGGUGUAGAAGAGAACAGGCUGCAGGAUGCAUUGGCCAAAGGAGGCGGGAGUUCCCCCAGCUUCGGAGCAACCAUUUAUGCAUCGAGAUUCGCAGCCAACGCCCUUCGAGCAGUGCGACGCAAUGCAGGUAGAAAGACGAGGGUAUCACCUGUGCUUCUACUGAAACCAGCUGAGCCAGAUUUUAGUGCUGAACACAAAUGACCAGUCUAGUGCUGUGUAAUACUCCAGGAUCUAACACAGGAGGAGCCUUAUUGUGUAAUGCAUGUGUAUAGUCGGUAUCUUCCUCUUCUACAUGACCGUAAAAGAUACUCCAUUAUUAACUUAUGCAGGUAGUAUUUGUUACAA